GGGCCAGGUCUCAGCCCGGUGGAGGGGGUUGCACUGCGGUAAUAUGGCUCUUCCUUAGCCAGAGGCAGCGGCCAGCGCGGGGACAGAGCAGUCCUGCCUCUCGGGUGGAGGGUUGUAGGCAGCAGGGGCUCGGAGGGUCGUGGGGACUAGGCAGCGGCGGAUGCGGGAGGAGCGCCCGUCCCGCCGCCUGGCGGCCGCUGGGUCAAAAUGAGCUCCUCAGCGUCGGUCGGGGGCCCGGUCCCGCCGCCGCCCCCGGGCCCGGCCGCCGCGCUGCCGCCAGGUUCUACCGCGCGGGCCCUGCAUGUGGAGCUGCCGUCUCAGCAGCGGCGUCUUCGGCAUCUUCGAAACAUUGCGGCCCGGAACAUUGUUAAUAGAAAUGGCCAUCAACUGCUUGAUACCUACUUCACACUUCACUUGUGUAAUACUGAAAAAAUAUAUAAAGAAUUUUAUAGAAGUGAAGUGAUUAAGAAUUCCUUGAAUCCAACAUGGCGGAGUCUCGAUUUUGGAAUUAUGCCAGACCGUCUUGAUACAUCUGUUUCUUGCUUUGUGGUGAAGAUUUGGGGUGGAAAGGAGGACAUCUACCAGCUGUUGAUUGAAUGGAAAGUCUGUUUGGAUGGACUGAAGUACUUGGGUCAGCAGAUUCAUGCCCGCAACCAAAAUGAAAUAAUUUUUGGACUAAAUGAUGGCUACUAUGGUGCUCCAUUUGAACAUAAGGGUUAUUCAAAUGCUCAGAAGAAUAUUCUUCUUAAGGUGGAUCAGAACUGUGUUCGCAAUUCUUAUGAUGUCUUCUCUUUGCUACGGCUUCAUAGAGCCCAGUGUGCAAUUAAGCAGACUCAGGUAACUGUUCAGAAAAUUGGAAAGGAAAUUGAAGAAAAACUAAGACUCACAUCUACAAGCAAUGAGCUGAAAAAAGAAAGUGAAUGCCUGCAAUUAAAAAUUUUGGUGCUUCGCAAUGAACUGGAAAGACAGAAGAAAGCUUUGGGACGGGAAGUAGCAUUACUGCAUAAGCAACAAAUUGCAUUACAGGACAAAGGAAGCGCGUUUUCAACUGAGCACCUCAAGCUUCAGCUCCAGAAGGAAUCCCUAAAUGAGUUGAGGAAAGAGUGCACUGCAAAAAGAGAACUCUUUCUGAAGACUAAUGCUCAGUUGACAAUUCGUUGUAGGCAGUUACUUUCUGAGCUUUCCUACAUUUACCCUAUUGAUUUGAAUGAGCAUAAGGAUUAUUUUGUAUGCGGUGUCAAGUUACCUAAUUCUGAGGAUUUCCAAGCAAAAGAUGAUGGAAGCAUUGCUGUUGCCCUUGGUUACACUGCACAUUUGGUCUCCAUGAUUUCCUUUUUCCUACAAGUGCCCCUCAGAUAUCCUAUAAUUCAUAAGGGGUCUAGAUCAACAAUCAAAGAUAAUAUCAAUGACAAGCUGACUGAAAAGGAGAGAGAGUUUCCACUGUAUCCAAAAGGAGGAGAGAAGUUACAAUUUGAUUAUGGUGUCUAUCUUCUGAACAAAAAUAUAGCACAGCUAAGAUACCAACAUGGACUAGGGACCCCAGACUUGAGACAAACACUUCCUAACCUGAAAAACUUCAUGGAGCACGGAUUAAUGGUCAGGUGUGACAGACAUCACACCUCCAGCGCAAUCCCUGUUCCAAAGAGACAAAGCUCCAUAUUUGGGGGUGCAGAUGUAGGCUUCUCAGGGGGGAUCCCUUCACCAGACAAAGGACAUCGAAAACGGGCCAACUCAGAGAAUGAGAGACUCCAGUACAAAACCCCUCCUCCCAGUUACAACUCAGCGUUAGCACAGCCUGUAACCACCAUCCCUUCUGUGGGAGAGUCUGAGAGAAAGACAGCAUCUCUGUCGUCCUCCUUGGACACCUCCUUGGACUUCUCCAAAGAAAACCAGAAAAAAGGAAUAGAUUUGCAUGACAGCUUAAAUGAAGACCAUGUGAGUGUGACCACUAACCAGGAUCGAGGAAAAGCCACCUCUUGGCAUCCUACCACAGUAAAUGGCACCCUGCUGCCCGGCGAGGCUGGCUCUGCCGGCGUCCAGCUUCCAGGUGAGUUCCACCCGGCCUCAGGAGCUGAGCUUUGCUGUACCGUGGAGCAGGCAGAAGAAAUCAUUGGGCUGGAAGCCACAGGUUUCACCUCAGGCGAUCAGCUGGAAGCGUUUAACUGCAUCCCAGUGGACAGUGCUGUGGCAGUAGAGUGUGACGAACAGGUCCUAGGAGAGUUCGAGGAGUUCUCCCGCAGGAUCUAUGCUCUCAAUGAAAACGUAUCCAGCUUCCGCCGGCCUCGCAGGAGUUCUGAUAAGUGAAGUGAGCAGACAGACACCAGGACCAGGGCAGCAUCCCUGCCCCAAAUGGGAAAAGCUGCACUUACCCUUUUUAAUAAUUAUGACACAAAGCAAAUAUUAAUGGAGGAUAUUCCUCAGAGAAACAAACUUUGGGACUAGAGGAGGGACUCAGGAUCAUUGUAUAUCAAUGGGCCAGGCGAAAUUAGAUUUUGCUUUCAGGAUUUGCUUUUUAGCCCUGAUGAUUGUUUUAAGGCAAAAGUCACCCUCUAGUUGAACGAGCUUAUAGCUCGAGUCACCUUAUAGGCAUUUGUCUGCUUUUCAUUUACACAUCUAUGUAAUCCUCAGAGGGAAGAUGAUAAUAUAUAAGUAAUAUAAUGAACUCACCUUUAGUUUCUCAUGAGCAUUUGCCCUCACCAUAGUUUAUAAAACUUUGGGGAAAUGGAAUAUUCAGAAACAGCUUUCUACCAUUUCUGAAGGAUCUGUGGCCAUCUUGUAGGUUGGUGAAUAAGAAGUAGAGUGGUCUCCUUAUUCCCAGGCCCCUUUGCCCGUGUCCUGCCCCCAGACACCACACUCAAUCUGUAGACUCCCCCACUGCCUCAUCUUCACCAUGGUUGGGCCGUGUAGCCCGGGAACAGGUCAGGUUCACUGGUCUAAAACCCAGUAGUCUUGAGGUUCCAUUUCUUCUAAUCAGUCAUGACCUUUCAUCUCCUUUGCCACACCUUUGAUUAACUUUCAAAUUAGAUGAGAAACUUCCUCUGAGGAACUCCCAGGGGAACCUGAAGGACCCCAAGAUUACUGCAGUCAGAUGGCAUCCAGUUUUCUUUGACAUGGGGGGAGGGGGCAAAGUUUUUAUAUGGGCAAGAACUAGGCGUGCAUUCUGGCAGUACACCAGACAAAAAUCCCUAUAUGUAAAUCCCUUGUUAAUUUAUUAAAUUCCAGUCAGAAGAAAGGCUUUGUAAAUGACAAAAUAUAUGUAGAGGGUCAGGCUGUCCAAUAUACAAACUGCAAAGCAGUUGAGAUAGUUGGAUUAAGUGAUUAGAGAGCCAUAGAGAAUAUUAUUAUUGGUAUGUGUGCAAUUUCAUAAAUAUUAAAUUAUGUUUUGCAGUCCAAUUGUCAUUCCUGCAUUCAAAUUUCAUUUGCUGUUGCUUUAUACAUUAUGUACCCAAGGACAUUGCCUCAGGGUUGCAAGCUCUUUAAGGAAAAUUUAUCCAUAUAUCCAUGUAUUGUAUAGAAAAAUAAAAAUUGAACUUACUUCACUCGACCUGA